AGCGGAGGUCGCAGUGGGAUCUGCCAUGGUGCGCUUGGGGUCUGCGUGGUUGCCGCUGCUGCUCGGCCUCCUGCAGCUGCUGGGCGGUGCUGCUGCGUGCCCUUGCCAGGACCCGCGGCUCUGCCAGCCCGUCGCGGGCACCCGCGGCUUCGAGGUCUUUGUGUUCGACGUGGGGAACGAAGCCUGGAAAUCCUAUGACUGGUCAAAAAUUACAACCGUGGCAGCUUUCGGGAAAUACAAUCCAGAGCUCGUGUGCUUUGCUCAUUCCAAAGGUGCCAGGGUGGUACUGAAAGGUGAUGUACCUCUUGAGGAAAUUAUUGACCCAGCUAAAAGAGCAGUGUGGAUAUCCCAGCAAGUGGACCUUGCCAAAAAACAGUAUAUGGAUGGAAUUAAUAUAGAUAUAGAGCAAGAAGUUAAUGAAACUUCUUCUGAGUACUAUGCAUUAACAGAGCUUGUAAAAGAAACUACAGAUGCUUUUCACAAGGAAAUUCCAGGAUCACAGGUAACAUUUGAUGUGGCCUGGUCCCCUGCAUGCAUCGAUAGGAGGUGCUACAACUACACUGGGAUUGCAGAUGCCUGUGAUUUCUUAUUUGUGAUGUCUUAUGAUGUGCAGAGUCAGAUCUGGACCGACUGUAUUGCAAAAGCCAAUGCUCCUUACCCUCAGACUUUAGUUGGAUAUGAAGAGUACAUUACUAUGGGCAUUGAUCCUAAGAAGCUUGUGAUGGGCGUCCCCUGGUAUGGCUAUGAUUAUGUGUGUCUAAACUUAUCUGAGGAUCAUGUUUGUUCCCUUUCCAAAGUACCAUUCCGUGGUGCUCCUUGCAGUGAUGCUGCAGGGCAUCAGGUGCCCUAUGGAGCAAUAAUGAAGCAGGUGAACAGUUCUAUUUCAGGGGCACUAUGGGACGAGAUACAAAACUCUCCAUUUUAUGAAUACAAGGAUUCUCUUGGUCACUUCCACCAAGUAUGGUAUGAUGACCCUCACAGCAUCUCUCUAAAAGCAGCAUACAUGAAGAAUCGAGGCCUAAGGGGCAUUGGCAUGUGGAACGGAAACAGUCUUGACUAUUCCAGGGAAGCUGUAGCAGAAAAACAAACUGAGGCAAUGUGGCAAGCCCUGACACCAUAAGUGUACGAAAUCAUGAACUAGUUGAUCUAGAAUUAUGAAAAUUGGUAAUUUUUGAUUAUAGCUUAUGACAGAUUUUGACUUUUUAUAAAUAUACCAUGAUUACAAUCAAAGCUUUGAGAACUACUGAAAUUCAUCUUGCUAUUUUGUAUGCAAAACUGUAUUUUCAUUCUUUAUAAAGUUCCAAUGUUGCUUUACCAGUGCACUUUAAAAGAUUUCUCAUCUUUUUCAUUUUUCACAACAAUAGUAAGUUACUUAAAGCUCGAACCUACUGUGUAUCUGGUAACAAGACCAAGUCAAUUUACAGGGGCUAUCUAAUAAUGGUCUUCUGCUAAGGCUGCCUUGUGCAACAGGUAAUCAGUCUGUGGUCACAUAGUUGCAGACUCAGCUUUCUGACUUCCCACCCCAACCUGUAUUUCACCAAAGUCAUUCCUGAGUAUGGUUCAACACAGAUUACUGAUAGGCAGAUUGCUGCUUAGAUGCAACUUGGUAAAACUUGUGCUUGAUCUUUUAUAGAUCAAAGGAAUUAUGUAAUAUGAAGUAGUUGCCCUUAAAGUUUUUAUCAUUCUUCUUGUUAGAAAAGAAUGUUCAGUAAACACUAGUUUCACCAUAUCUGUGUAUCAUGCAAACUCUUUAGUUUCAAAAGCCAAAAAUCUUGGACUUUAUAUUGAAGAGACAGCAUUAAUAUUGAAAGGACUGGGAUGGUGUUUUCUACCAUUUCAAACUUUUCCACUUCCUCAAACUAGAAGUCAGCUCAUUUAAUGAACUGCAUACACCACACGCUUCAAGAUCCACUCAGUUGUCUUUGUUUUUAUGUGGUAUUUCCUCUGAGAUAGUACAAGAUUAUAUUUUCAUUCUAGUUAGUUAAUAUUUUUCACAAAAUAAUUUGCGUAGAGAAAUUGUGUAACUUGUUCAAGUACCUGUAGUCAUGGAGAGAUUGACUGUUGUCCACAGGAUUUUUUUUAUUCAAUAAAACACUGUCUUCUAAGGUUGAUAAA